AUGGUCGGUAAUUAUAAUCGGACUCCAGGCGACGGAGGAGACUACGCGGAGGAUGAAGAAGAGGCGAUCGAAAAGCUAGACGCAGGCGAGGAGGAGGUACGCAGAAAGCAAAUGGCCGCAUCCAAAGUGCCGGGCAGAGGCUAUGUGAAUGGUGAAAGAGAGGCCUGGGGACGUAGGAGUGCACACAGACGAGGCAGAAAUUCUUCGGCAAUUCUGGCCGACCUCCUGAUGCCCCGCUGUAGAAGCGUCCAUUUUUCCACGGAUGUACUAGUGGCGCACACCGGCAACGGCAGCGAACCCAUCCUCCUGUCCUCAGCACCCCUCAAAGACCUUUCUGACAAUACAAGUAGACCUAUGGUGCUAUCUCCUUCAAGUAGAUCAUGUUUUGAGUGUCUAUGCCGAUUCGAUCUUAAUGCUUUUUCUUGGAUCGGGGACUGA